UCGGAAUGUAGAAUGGCCGCCGUGUAUCGUAUUACGUGCGAAUGUAAUGCGUUAUCUUAUAAUUUUUAAGAUAAUAACAUGAAAUACUUGUCUAGAUGAGAAAUAGUUAGUAGUAAAAGUUCGCGGACUCUGUUAUAAUGUACUGUGCUAGUGAGAAAACUAUAGCAGGAGUAUCAUCAUCUCAGUCUUCAAAGAAUGUCAAAGAUGGCGUGACAAUGAGAGAAAAAAGGGGAGGCGCUAUGAGUAAAAUGCAAAAGCUCAGAAAGCGCCUGUCCCUUAGCUUCGGUAGAUUAUCAACAAAAGACGAGUCGGAGUGCGAGAGCGGUGAAGGUGGGUGCCGCGGCCGGCAGCAGAACGGUGGCGCGCGCGGAAAGCUGCCCUACAACGGGUACUCGGAAGAGUGUCUCGACCGCCUCGAACCCAACGGCAAUAUACCUCACGAUAAGGACUCACAUUAUGAGUGGAGCGGUGGCGGUAACGGCGAGUACCGAGUGCGGCGACAGUUAUCCGUGUCGUCGGACUCAAAGCUGUUAGACGAAGGUGCGCGGGAGGAGGCGCGGGUCGUGAUGCGGCCGAAGCGCCCGCCCAGGCCCAAGUCAGAGGCCUUUCUGGGCCCGCACGAACACAACAGACGCACCAAGCGGUUUAGUGCCUUUGGGGGUGAUUCUCCGUUCGGUAAAUCCGAAGCAUAUAUGAAAUUGGAGCAGCUCGGUGAGGGUUCCUACGCAACAGUCUACAAGGGUUAUAGCAAUUUAACGCAACAGGUUGUGGCGCUAAAGGAGAUAAGACUGCAAGAGGAUGAAGGUGCGCCGUUCACCGCCAUCCGCGAGGCCUCGCUCCUGAAAGAACUGAAGCACGCGAAUAUCGUCACGUUACACGAUAUUGUGCAUACGAGAGAAACACUCACAUUUGUCUUCGAGUUUGUGGACACGGACCUAUCCCAGUACAUGGAGAGGCACCCCGGCGGCCUCAACCAUCACAACGUGAAACUGUUCAUGUUCCAGUUGCUUCGAGGACUCUCAUACUGUCAUAGAAGACGAAUAUUACAUAGGGACGUCAAACCGCAGAACCUCCUAAUAAGCUCUCACGGUGAACUGAAGUUGGCAGACUUUGGGCUCGCGCGCGCCAAGUCCGUGCCCAGCCAUACGUACUCGCACGAAGUUGUUACACUCUGGUAUAGACCGCCAGACGUGCUGCUGGGCAGCACGGAGUACUCGACGUCGCUGGACAUGUGGGGCGUGGGCUGCAUCUUCGUGGAGAUGCUGUGCGGCGUGCCCACCUUCCCCGGCGUCCGCGACACGCACGACCAGCUCGAGAAAAUAUUCAAGGUAUAUAAGGUGUCUAUCUUCACAGUGGAGGGCGUGUGCCUGCACCCGGAGACGCGGCACGUGGCCAUCAAGUGA